AUGUUAUCGAGUGAGUCCUGCAUUAAAUUCAAAUCUAAAAUAUGUUAUAUAGCCUCUAUGCUCUUAGACUCCUGUAAAAAUAAUUGUAAUUAUACCCAUUCAAGGUAUGUAUACAUGACCUGUUCUUGGAUGAUGGGAGUGUUCGUGUUCGCUCUUUUGCUAGGACAGAUUCGCGACAUUGUCUCCAAUGCCAACCGAACUAGAGAAGAAUACCGGAGAAAGAUGGAUAUGGCCCUCUCGGAAUGCAAACGCCUAGGCCUACCAAAAGAGCUUACCAAUCGUGUCCGUGACUGGUUUAUUUACACUUGGGAACAACAAAAAACUCUAGAUGAGAAAAAACUAAUCGAAAAGCUCCCACUCAAAUUACAAACAGAUCUGGCUUUGUCAGUCCACUACAACACUCUUAGCAAAGUCCAGCUUUUUCAGGUCUCUACGUCUGCCGUAAAAACAAACAAAUCUGCUCGAUAUUCUCCCACAAGAUUGCAUAACUUUAAGGGUGAUGUUGGCAAAGAGAUGUAUAUUGUCAAUCAGGGUGUUCUUCAAGUAGUUGGAGGAGAGAACAACAAUACUGUUUUCGCUGAACUCACACAAGGAUCUGUAUUUGGAGAGAUCAGUUUACUGGCAAUCGGUGGCAACAAUCGCAGAACUGCAUCUAUUCGUGCAAAGGGAUAUGCAACACUCUUCGUUCUGGCUAAAGAGGACUUGAACGAUGUGAUCAAAUAUUAUCCCCAAGCUCAGAUACUUCUCAAACGAAAAGCCGCGUAA